AUGGAUUUGAGUGCUCUUCUGUUCGACUCCCAACGGCUUCCGCUGUUGAUGGAGCGCGGCGAAGGAGAGAAUCUCGGAUACUCGGAGCACCAGCGACAUUUGGUGCGAAUAUGUUCUUUGAGCUCGUCGUCAGUUUCCAUAGUGAGUGGACUAAUGGCCUUUUAUUUUCUGGGGAUGUUACACCCAGCCAAACGGAUGUUCCGCCAUACGCUGAUCACGAUUCUGAUCUCGUUCGACUUCCUCAAGGCCGUGAUGCUGCUUGUUUACCCUGCGAGCUCCGAAAACAGCUCCGAAGGCUCGGUCACCAACAUGCGGUUCCUGAACGCAAUUGGCUGGCUCACCUCGUUCAGCAUCGAGGGCGCAGACUUGGUGAUUGUUUAUUUUGCCGUUCACAUCGCCUUGCUCAUAUUCCGUCCGGCAUUGGGCUCCAAAACAAACACCGAGGGUGGGUUGUUUGUGGUGCGACACUACAUCUAUGUUCUUGCGCUCGUCAUCCCCGUGAUACUGAGCUCGCUCACUUUUGCCGGCAACAACAACUACACCGACCAGAUCAGCUGGAGUUACAUGGAGCCGCUCACCGCAGUGUGGUAUCUGACCUGGAUCAUUCGGUACUGCAUAGCCGUGCUGAUCGUCACCAUCUACGGCUCGGUUUACUACCACGUCAUGCGCGAGUACACCGCAGUCAGCUCCAAGAUGGACGUGAUGGGCCACAAGAGCCGGGGAAUGGUCACCGAGGUGCUCGGCGACUCGUUCAUGUACAAAGUGGGCCAGAUGCUGCUGAUGCUGGUGUUCCCCGAUAUUCAGAUUAAUGCCCAGUUGCACGGCAAGGACCUCACCACCGAGGCCGACAUGGAAAACUUGGACUACUUGCGCAACCAGGACCCGGAACUUACAGGGAUUCCCGAGCUGCCCGAGCUCGCAGGCUAUCAGUCCUCGCAGAAGGCCGCAAGAACCCGCCAAGAGGUCGGACUCGACAUCCAGCAGCUGCUCCACGAAGAAGCCAUGGAGAAAUUCCGGUACAGACAGCUGCAGAUCAUGCGCCAGAUGAAAGUCAUCUUCAUCUACCCGGUGUCGUACAUGCUGCUGUGGCUAUUCCCGUUCGUGGCCCAGUGCUACCAGCUGCACCGCGGCCGCAAGGCGUACUACCACCUUUCGAUUUUCUGUCUGGCCGCGUUUUUCCAGGCUUUCAACUGUUUCAUCGACACCAUGGUGUUCUUCAUCCGCGAGCAGCCCUGGAACCUCAGGGCCAGCCAGGUCGACCCGUUUGCCCAGUACGAGUACUCCUGGCUCCGGAAGAAACUAGGGUUUCUUCCCGGCUACCGUCUGGGCAACCCGGACGCCAUUUCGCCGCAGAUCACGGCUCCGUCGCACCAGGACCCGUUGACCAGCCAUUCGCACCUUCGCGCUAUAAAGUCCCGCUCCAGCUCGCAAAUUGACCCCAAGGACGUCAACCAGGACAACUCUCUGAGUCUGGCGGAUUUCCUCAACUCGUCCGCGCCCAAAACAGUGCCGUCCAACGUGCACUCGUCCACGCGGCAGAACUCCAAGUUCAGCUGGCGCACGUUCUCGCUCCGCGGCUCGUUGACCGAGUCGUACGGCUCAGACGAACAUAAAGAGGCCCGCAAAAAAUCCACAGGCCGCAAAGGCAGCGCAUACAGCGCAAAGACCUCCUCCACCGACGGUAACGCGAAAAUGGAUCUCAUGUGCUUUCUUAAGGAAGAAACGCACGCUAAAUAG